GACGUCAGCCCGGUACCGAUGAACAACCGGUAGCAUUGAAGAGAGCUCUGUGUUAGCCCUUUGUCCGCUAAUCCCCCCCCUCCCUGUUAAACGUGCUAGCAUCAUGCCUUUCGAUGUUAGGAGAUUCGAUAUCUACAGGAAAGUGCCAAAAGAUCUCACCCAGCCCACAUACACGGGAGCUUUCAUUUCCAUCCUCUGCUGCAUCUUCAUCCUCUUCCUGUUCCUGUCCGAGCUGACGGGCUUCAUAGCCACAGAAAUAGUAAAUGAACUGUAUGUGGAUGAUCCAGAUAAAAGCAGUGGUGGGAAGAUAGAAGUGAGUUUAAACGUCAGUUUGCCACACUUACACUGUGAUUUGGUGGGUUUGGACAUCCAGGAUGAGAUGGGCCGCCACGAGGUCGGUCACAUAGACAACUCCAUGAAGAUUCCUCUCAACCAGGGGGACGGUUGUCGCUUUGAGGGAGAGUUCACCAUUAACAAAGUACCAGGAAACUUCCAUGUGUCGACGCACAGCGCUACAGCGCAGCCCCAAAGCCCGGACAUGACUCACAACAUCCACAAGUUGGCCUUUGGAGAAAAGCUCCAGGUACUAAACGUACAAGGAGCCUUCAAUGCGUUAGGAGGGGCUGACAGGCUGUCAUCUAAUCCUCUGGCCUCGCAUGACUACAUCCUGAAGAUUGUACCGACGGUGUAUGAAGACCUAUCAGGCAAACAGAGGUUCUCCUACCAGUACACGGUAGCCAACAAGGAGUACGUUGCUUACAGCCACACGGGCAGAAUCAUCCCGGCCAUCUGGUUCCGGUACGACCUCAGUCCAAUCACAGUCAAGUACACAGAGAGGAGACAGCCCGUCUACCGCUUCAUCACAACAAUCUGUGCCAUCAUCGGCGGGACGUUCACAGUCGCAGGAAUCAUCGACUCCUGUAUAUUCACCGCUUCAGAGGCCUGGAAGAAGAUCCAGAUUGGGAAAAUGUCAUGAGGACUGCUCCCCACUCCUCCCUACAUCUUAUUUAUAAGUGCAAAUUUGUUAGCCUGUUAGCUGAAUCCAAUCCUGCUCUAACUCACUUCCUUUUGGAGGUUGCUCCAAAGCGACCAAAGGAGUGGCUCCGGCACUCGAUCUAACUACCAGGCUACACGGCUCAGUUACUUAAGCUCCUCUCAGGCUCCAUCUGCUCUGAUGACGUGUGGACGCAGACUAUCACAUGUCUGCUUCCUCCGUCUUCAGUGUCGGGAGAGGAGAGGAGAGGAGAGGGAAGCUCUUUUGUUACUGUGGAGAUCAAGUACUGUGUGUCAGGGUUCAACCAGUCUGGGUAUUUGAAGUCUGUACAUGAUUUUCUUUGAAGUAUAAAAAAAACAAAAAUCUGACAUUCAAUCUUUUUUUUUUUUAACGUUUGGUGCACAAUUUGACACAAACCCCCACAUAUAUUCAAUCAUAGGGAAGUUUUCAAGUUAUGGCUGAAUGAUUUACAGACAUAACGAAGUGUUUAAAUUCAUUUUAAAACGUUUAAAAAACAGUAUUGGUCUAACUGUACUUGUUUUGUUUGUAAGCCGCAAAAAGGGAAUUAUCAUUUGAAGGAAGUGUUCUGGUUGAUAAGACCAGACUGAACUUUAAAGUGUUUCCGUAGGUCACGCUGUCCAUAAAACUGCAUUUUGAAUCAUGUGACCUCUUACUGUAUCUCCAGUAUUCACUGCAUGUGCCUUUGGGUUUACUCUUCCACCGCACAGGGUUACCAUCAGCUCUCAUGUGUCUGUUUCAACGGCUGCUGUUACAACUUGUUUUGUAGAUUCACUUUUUAAGAGAUUUCUUUUUUUAAUACAUUGAUCAUUGUUUAUCUUUCAGUCAAUUUAUACCAAUAUUUCAUCAAUGCUGUUUGAUAUCCUAGUUUUGGCUUUUUCCCCAAUGCAUUUGAAUUACUGCAUAAAUAUAGUGAAUGUCUGUUUUUUUUUCUAAGAGAGCAAAUGAUUCAGUUUUUCUGUUUUUUUUUUUUACACGGUAUGUGAACUCAUUGAGUUUCUAUGACGUUGUAAAUUGUAGAGAUUUGGUUUUGUAAGGAGAGAACUUGUAGGCCAAGGUGUUUGUCCUCUUUGGUCAUUUUUCUUUCUUUUGUACUGUUUUAAAAGACUCUAAUGGAGAACAGUGAUAAUCACAAGCCCUUAGAAACUGCUCUUUCUACUGCUAAGGUCAUCCACUUCCUGUUCCGCCUCAAAUUGCUCUGUAAUGCUAUGUGUUCCUCAAGUAAAGGCACCAUAGAAAUCA